AUGGAGCUGUACCGGAAUCAUCGCACUAUGGGCAAAUUCCCCUUCUUGACGCUGCCUCCGGAGGUCCGGGUUGCAAUCUACAAAUUCGCCAUGGCUGAAACGACAGAACCCAUAACGAUGGACGGAACCACUCUUCGCUAUGACAGAAUUACUUUGCCCUUGUCGCUUGGUCUCACCUGCCGCCAGAUUCACAACGAGGCACGAUACGAGCUCUACCUAAAGCACCGACGCCCACGAGUGCCAGUCGCUUUGACCUUCGAUAUGUCGAAUGCACAGCCUUCCACGCUUCGCCGAUUUCCUGCAUGGUUCGCAAUCGCAUGUACUCUUAGGGGCCUCGACUUCCAGAUAGCUUCCGACCAGCGGCGAAGUGUAGCUAACCCCAGGGCACCAGUCAAAAUCACUACCCCGUACCUCUCCGCGAAAACCCCUUCCCGGGCCGUCCCUUCAGGGUCCAAACUAGACAGGAUUCUUGGCAUAUCCCGGGCGCCGGCAUUCAAACGCUUCCUGUCCUACACAGUUCUACAAGCUCGACACAACAAGACCAUCCAGCUGAGGUUGAAAGCCUCAAAAAACACCUGGUCUGACUUCGUGUUCCUAACCGACCUCGCCAAGGCCGUAGAACCGCACCUGGAUUUCUCGAUCACGGUCUUUGUGCCGGAAGGACCAUUCGAGGAGGUAUGGAGGACUGCAAUGGACCUCAAGAAUGUCCACAUUGUCCCAACGACAUGGGAAUAUCGCGGCCGGGUGCAGAUUACUGCUGUGGAAGCUCCGAUUGAGGAAUCUCCCAUCUGGAGGCUAGAGCUGCCGUCGGUGAUGCUGGCGGUGAUGCUGGAAUUGUUCCUCUGCAUUUUGUUGAUUAUGUUACCCUAA